UCGGAUAUUUGACGACAUUCUACUCUUGAAGUGUCUUCCCACGCCAAUGUUGGUCAUUGGGGCAGUUUGACCAUACUACACCACGCUGGUCCAGUGCGGGUUGGUGAAAGGGGAUCGCUCAGGACUGGUGAGAGAUGACACUCGCCGCUGAUGUCCCCUGCGGCCGAGUAAUUAUCAAACCACCGCUCACCCUCCGUGAUAACACGCGUAAAUGAAUGCCACGGAUUUGUGAGAGUUCAUUAUCGCGAUUGCCAUAAACUCCGGAUUAUAAGACGCUCUGAAAAAGUUUGAAGCAUCCCGAAUCUGUGCCCGGUGUAGAUAAAGUUCACAAAUCUGCGCACGUACAAAGACAUAGACACGCCCACACACACGCGCGUGUCGGAUUACAAGACGCACCACAAAGUGUGGCUUUACAAUCACCUUGGGUGGGGGAAUGCGGUAAUCUGUGCACGCUUUCGACCUUUUUUUAAGAGCCCGGAGACAGCGGUAAUCGGUUCAUUCUGAACUCUCACGGCAUUCCGCCGAUGCAAUCCCUAGCGGCAUAAAACACACACACACACGGCAUGAGAAGCUGCGCAUGACACCCUCUCUCUCUCUUGAACGUUGGCGCUGGGCGGAACGUCUCACGUGUGGACGACGCGUGAAACUCCGCCCGCCCACACGAAAGCGAAACGAGUCGGUGCCGAAACGACGGUGCGCGGGGAGAGGAAGCGAAAAAGAGAGACGACACGGGGGUUUGUCGCUACUUCGUCAAGCUUUCGAUUAGACGGGCUUUCCGACGGAGGGUUUCUCUCGUGGACGAUAUAAACCGAGGCAGGUAUCAUGGGGCCCUCAGAAGCAGCGAGAGGAGCUCAGGGAGCGCAGUCGGUGGAUACUUGGCGUGACUCUCCGCGAGCAACUCGGUUGAAGACGACUCGACGCGACUCAUCGAGACUCAGUGAACGCGAUCGCGCCGUCGUCGUGGGUCACCGUCGUAGCGGCAACUUCUACCGCCAGCACUCACCAAGAGGAGCGGAAUGGAAGCUCGCGGGUCGUGCACGCUCCUGCUCUGCCUCGUGGCCGGAAUGGCCCUGCAGGCGAGCGCCAGGGCGACGGGAAUGGACAUCUGUACGUCCGGAUUUCUGAGCACCGAGCACAUGAAGAAACUCGUGAAGGUCGUGAAUAAAGUUCCAGAUGAUCAGCACAACUUCAGGAUCCUGCCCAACACGGACGAAAUGCGUCACCACGUGCUGAAGCAAGACGAGGCCAGCGUGUGCCUCUUCCGCAAGGCAGUGGCCGAGCUGUACGUGGCCGCCUUCCACGCAGUGGGAACUCUGCGCUUCAUGAGCAAUGGGGAAGCGAGGAAGGAGCGCGGUACAUUCAGCAGCUUCGCUCGGCCCAGCUGCGGAACGACGCAGGAAGGCGAACAGGACGCCACAUUCAAGAAAAUCAUGACAAGACUCGCUGAUGCCAUUCUCAAGGUGAGUUUUACAAGUCCCUGCAGUAACAACGCGCACACGAGAACGCGUCCUAGAGGACUUACGUGGUCAGUCAAUUGCCUGCAGUCCGUCACCGCAAUUGGCCGAACGGCGUGGCGGGGAUACUCAAGGGUCUCACCGUGUCCGCCCGCGUGUUCUUCCCCGUCGACGCAGAUUCCCUCGGACGAGGCGAUGCUCCGCAAGGUGCUCAGAGAGACGGAGCUGCUGCCCAUCGCGUGCACGGAGCGCGCGGAUCGCGAGAAGCCGUCGGGCGGUCGGCGCGGAGGCGGCGGCGGGAAGCGGAAGCCGGGAGCGAAGAAGCAGCGAGGCGGAAAGAAGCGGCAGGGUGCAGAGAAGCGGCCCAGAAAGUCCCUGCAGUGA